UUUAAAAAUUUGAGAAGAAUCUCAUGUGGAGGUAAGUCAAAAUUGACCAAAAAAAACAAAGCUUGUUUUGCAAAUUUUCCAAUUAAAUGCAACCUAAAUCGCUCCAAUUGGAUUGAUUGUGUUGGAAUUUCGGGUAUCCUAUUUUCCGAGUUUCUCACAGUCCAUCCCUUCCCUCUUCUUCCACCAUAAAACUUCUUCUCAGGAACUCCAACUGAGUUUGAUCCGAUCACUUCACAAUUCUUUAAAAGACGAUCAAUUUCGACUCUCCAAUUCAACCGGAGUCUGAAACAGGACGUUGCUAUUUAUGGGUGAGGCCAAUAAAUCCACCUCCACCGCCGAGGAGGACUUGUUGCUCAAGACUUUCUUCGCCGAGGUUAGCGAAGUUGAAAGAGAUAACGAAGUUAUCAGGAUCUUGUCCUGCUUCAAAUUGAACCCAUUUGAGUAUCUGAAGUUACCAUUUGACGCAUCUCCAGAAGAGGUGAAAAGACAAUAUCGUAAGUUAUCAUUGCUGGUUCACCCCGAUAAAUGUAAGCAUCCACAAUCGAAAGAGGCUUUUGCAGCAUUGGCAAAAGCCCAGCAGCUAUUACUUGAUGAGCAGGAAAGGGAUUAUAUUCUUAGCCAAGUCAAUGCAGCAAAAGAAGAACUUCUAGCAAAGAGGAAGAAACAUUUGAAAAGAGAUACAGCUUCUAAAAUAAAGUCAUUGGUUGAAGAGGGAAAAUAUGAGCAACAGUAUGAGAGUACAGAAGAAUUCAAGCAAGAGCUAAAAUUGAAGGUUCGAGAAAUAUUAACAGAACAAGAAUGGAGGAGGAGAAAGAUGCAGAUGAGGAUUUCUGAGGAAGAAGGCAGAUUGAAGAAAGAUGAAGAAGAAACAAAAGAAAUGUGGAAGAAAAAGCGCGAGCAUGAGGAGCAGUGGGAAGGAACAAGAGAACAAAGGGUUUCAAGCUGGAGAGAUUUUAUGAAGGGUGGAAAGAAGGCUAAGAAAGGAGAAACUCGACCUCCAAAGCUGAAGACUGAGGACCCCAACAAAUCAUACGUGCAGCGGCCAGUAAAGCGAGGUUAAUUGGAUCUAUUUCAUUUAAAAUUUGCUCUGCAGCCAAGCUCCGGUGAAUUCGAGGGAGACUGGAUGUAGGCUGACACUAGUAUGAAAUCUUAUGAUUAGCCUGUAAACUAUAUAGUUAGAAUGCAAAUUUUAUUUAUACAAUAUCAAAGCUGCAAAAAUCCUUUUAAGGUUGGUUUUGUUGUUAUAUAAAUAGAGCAUUUGAAGGA